UCUCAGUGAAAGAUUGCGAAUUGGAGGAGGGGAGAGCGCCCAGCCUGGAAUUUGUCAAGUUUCUCUCCUUAUAUAGGCAGGAGCGCACUGGACGGGCGGGGCAAAGGACUUGGUUGAGGCUGAUCAGAAGGAACGUGAAAAUUUUAUCCCCUUUCAUCGCACUUUUAUUGAAGGAAACGAAGCUGCGUGCAGUCCCGUAAAACAGAGUGGUAGCAAUAUGUCACACUCCAGCAAGCAGUUCAACGUUGGCCCCUCGUACGGGUUAACAGCAGAAGUCAAGAACAGAAUUGCCCAGAAAUAUGAUACUCAGAAGGAGGAGGAGCUGCGAGUCUGGAUCGAGGAGAUCACCGGGAAGCAGAUUGGGGACAACUUUCAGAAAGGCCUGAAGGACGGAGUCAUCCUCUGCGAGCUCAUGAACAAAAUCAAACCCAACUCUGUGAAGAAAAUCAACAGGUCAGCUUUAAACUGGCAUCAGCUGGAAAACUUGUCCAAUUUUAUCAAAGCAAUGCAGAAUUAUGGCAUUAAACCACAUGACACAUUUGAGGCAAAUGACCUCUUUGAGAAUGGAAAUUUGACCCAGGUACAGACAGCACUACUAGCCCUGGCAGGGAUGGCUAAAACCAAAGGAAUGCUGGCUGGAGUUGACAUUGGUGUUAAAUAUGCAGACAAACAGGAGCGAUCAUUUGAUCAGGAGGUCUUGAAUGCAGGACAAUGUGUCAUUGGACUUCAGAUGGGAACCAAUAAAUGUGCCAGCCAGACUGGGAUGAGUGCCUAUGGUACCAGGCGACAUCUGUAUGAUCCAAGGGCUCAAAUCCCUGCUGCAGUGGACCAGUCUACUAUCAGUUUACAGAUGGGAACCAACAAGGGAGCAAGUCAGGCUGGUAUGACUGCACCUGGCACCCGAAGACCCAUUUAUGACAAGAAGCUGGGCACUGAGCAGUGCGACAACAGUACGGCAUCUCUACAGAUGGGGACCAACCAAGGAGCCAACCAGAGUGGCACCAACUUCGGCCUAGGCCGCCAGAUCUACGAUCCCAAGUAUUGUCCAAAGGCUGAGCAAGGACAGAAUGGAAGCCAUUCAGAUUACAAUGCAGAGUACGUCCCAGAGCACCCUACUGAUUAUCCUGGACAAUUUUAUUGAAUCCUUCAUUGCAAUGCGGACACUGUAGAGAAGCAGCUGCAGUUUUGUGUGGCCAUGCCUCACACAGCAACAUUCCCACUUUCCUAUUGAAUGUCUCUGCAUUUCAAGUAUGUUUACUUUAGCAAUUGUGAGCAGAAUCUGAUAUCAAUUUACUUUCUAAAUCCCUAUAUUUUGCUUGCAUUGCAGUUCUGUGGUGACUGGCAAAGGAAGAUAUUUGUUUCUUUUUUUAAAUGUUCUUGAAAUUUCAAAGCAUGGCUUUUAUUGGAGUCUGUGAAGCAGCUGACACUUGUGAGGGAAGGGAGAAAAUUGUUUCAGUAGUCAGGUGACUGGAAAAAGCAGCACUUGAUGAUACAAUGUUUAGUGAUUGUUAGAUUCUCCAGUAAUUGUGACUCAUCUCACUAUAGUUUUCAUUAUGAAGUUAGAGCAACUUGUUUUUAAGGAUUUGUUUUUAAAAAUAAAUACACAUUUCCUCCUUUUCAACCAAAAAAAUGUUGGGAAUCUUCUGGAAUUUCAAUGUGUGCAAAGCCCAGUUGUCCAUGAGUGCAGGCUGGCUGGGAAAAUGCAGCCACCUGUUUCUAAUUUUUCCACCCUGCCAAUUCCAAUAACAUUCCAAGGUCACCGCGUUUACAUUUUUCUUUGUUGCUUCUCAAAACAAACUGGAUUCUUUUCAAGCCUGACUAACAUUCCAAAGGGUCAGCAGUCAGGAGAAUGUGGCAGAAUAAACCCUUGGGACCAAGUCUCCUGCACUGCAUCAGACCACAAGCUUACAGGGAAUUUUGCAGACUACUUUAUCAUGACUGCAAGCUUAUUUUUUUUUCUCCCAAAGUCUGGUUUAGUGCUUUGACAAAUAACUUUUACAAAGUAAACUGGAAUUUGGCUACAGCUGAGCCUAUUGAGCAUUAGUACUCUUUGACAUAUGAUACAUUUCUUAUACAUUCCCCUCAAACCACCCACCACCUUUGCCCUAUCUCUCCACCCUGCACCCCCCCCCCCCCCACCAUCUGCAGUCUCCACCCACCAGUCAUUUUCUAGCUGAAAACCUGAACAUCGGAGGCUUGGAACUCAAAAUACUACUAGUUGGUUUGUAUUUCAAAGUGCAGUGAGAAAGUACUGCAUCCACCAAUAAGUGUUACUGAAAUCUUUGUAAUCUAGAUUUUUGGGGAUUAUGAAUAGGGAAGAGAGGGCCAGCAAAUUGUGUGAUUCCUUUAUUUUUGAACAUGUCGGAAUAAACAACUGCAGGGAAGCUGUAUGCUUUAGGCUGACACGCAGAGUCAAAAUAUUAAUCCUAUUUGGCACUAUACAAUAUAUCCCUUGCAAGUUGUCUGUCUUUAGAUUUGUAAAGGCCUCGAAGCCAGGAAAAUGCCGGUUUUAUUUUCUUCCAAAGUGGAAGAUAAAACUGGUACUACAAAAAAAAGUGCAAAACUGCAGAUGCUGGAAGUCUGGAAUAGAAAAUGCUGGAAAUAUUCAGCAGGUAAGGUAGUGUCUAUGGAGAGCAAAAAGUAGUUAACACUGACUUGCCUCACUCUGCAGAUGUUGCCUGAAGUUUUGGAUAUCAAAGUUAAAAUUGAGUUUGUCAUGUGCACAAGUACAUGUGUGCACAGGUGCAAUGAAAAACUUGCUUGCAGCAGGAUCACAGACAUAGCAUUGAAUAAGCAGCAUUCACAAGAAAAACAUAAACAAAUUAUACACAAUUUUUACACAAUCUUUGCAUUCAUAUUUCCAGCAUUUUCUGCUAUUAAUACAAUAGUGUGUGCCUUUUGGACUUUGCAUUCUCUACUGUAGAGCACUUGUCACAAAUGAAGUCUUCUCUGUACUAUAUAUGUAGUUCUCUUUUAAUCCAAUUAUUAAAUGUUUUUGUAUUUUG